UAUUUGCACCACAGAGAGAGCAUCAGUUACAGUUGAAGUUCCAAAUUUAUAGUUCUCACCCCCCCCCCCCCUCUUCCUAGCUCAAAAGAAACGGCUCCUCCUCCUCCUCAUCUUCUUCUUCUUCUUCCUCCUGCAAAUUUAACCAAGAAAAGCGUUGGGGUGAUUGGUCGAUGACUACGAUGGAGAAAGCCAGCCCGUCGACCGGACUAGCGAGGACGAUAUCGGACCACCUGCUGGAGACGGUGGUGGCUGCAUUCAAGUCCCCGCCGCCGCUGCCGCCGAGCGGGCACUCUGCGGAGAGCGGAGGGGCAGAGGGGAGCUCUGGAAGCGGAGGGACCCUAUCGAGGAAGUCAAGCAGGAGGCUGAUGAUGUCUCCGGGGAGGUCAGUAGCUGGGGGGAGCGGUGGCAGCAAGAACACCCACAUAAGGAAGUCACGGAGCGCCCAGAUGAAGUUUGACGUGGACGAACUGAGCAGCGGCGCCGCUCUGAGCCGGGCGUCCAGCGCCAGCUUGGGCCUGUCCUUCUCCUUCACUGGCUUUACUAUGCCCCCCGAGGAGAUAGCCGACUCUAAGCCCUUCAGCGAUGAUGACAUACCAGAAGACAUCGAAGCAGGUCUAGCCAAGAAGCCAAAGUUUCGCACAGAGCCGACUUUGCCCAUCUACCUGAAGUUCACGGAUGUCACGUACAAGGUGGUUCUUAAGGGCAUAAGGACCAGCGAAGAGAAGGAAAUUUUGCAUGGAAUUACCGGUUCCGUGAAUCCGGGGGAAGUUCUUGCUCUGAUGGGACCCUCGGGAAGCGGAAAGACAACGUUGCUGAAUCUGCUAGGAGGCAGGUUAAGGCAGUCCACUGUCAGUGGUUCGAUCACCUACAAUGAUCAGCCUUACUCCAAACUCCUUAAAAGCCGGAUAGGAUUUGUGACUCAGGAUGAUGUUCUGUUUCCUCACCUUACUGUGAGAGAAACAUUAUCCUACGCAGCUCGACUGCGACUACCAAAGACACUGACGAGAGAGCAAAAAGAAAAACGAGCGAUAGAUGUUAUCUACGAGCUAGGCUUGGAGAGGUGUCAAGACACUAUGAUAGGAGGCUCCUUUGUCCGGGGAGUAUCAGGCGGGGAAAGGAAGAGAGUCUGUAUAGGAAAUGAGAUCAUAAUCAAUCCUUCUCUUUUGUUACUCGAUGAACCGACUUCUGGCUUGGACUCUACGACCGCUAUGAGGACCAUUCAGAUGUUACAGGACAUUGCAGAGGCUGGGAAGACGGUGGUGACGACUAUACACCAGCCAUCAAGCAGACUCUUCCACAAGUUCGACAAGUUGAUCCUACUUGGGAAAGGAAGCCUUCUCUACUUUGGGAAUGCCUCGGAAGUCAUGGUUUACUUCUCAUCAAUUGGAUGUUCCCCUCUCAUCACGAUGAACCCUGCUGAAUUCUUGCUAGAUCUUGCGAAUGGAAAUAUCAACGAUGUCUCAGUUCCAUCAGAAUUGGAGGAUAAGGUUCAGAUGGGGAAUGCGGAAACACAGACUAGGUCUGGGAAGCCGUCUCCUGCAGUCGUCCACGAGUAUCUCGUGGAAGCAUAUGAGGCUCGGGUUGCCGAGAAUGAGAAGAAGAAGCUCCUAGUACCGAUUCCUCUCGAUGAAGAGCUGAAGUCAAAGGUUGUGUCUUCCAAGCGGCAAUGGGGGACAAACUGGUGGCAGCAAUACUGCAUAUUGUUCUGCCGGGGGAUCAAAGAGCGAAAGCACGACUAUUUUAGUUGGUUAAGGAUCACUCAAGUCUUAGCGACUGCGAUCAUUCUCGGACUACUCUGGUGGCAAUCCAAUAGCAACACUCCAAAAGGCCUGGAAGAUCAGGCAGGGCUGCUAUUCUUCAUUGCCGUCUUCUGGGGAUUUUUUCCCGUCUUCACUGCCAUCUUCACGUUCCCUCAAGAACGAGCCAUGCUCAGCAAGGAACGCGCUGCUGAUAUGUACAGGCUCAGUGCAUAUUUCCUUGCCCGAACGACGAGUGACCUCCCACUCGACCUUGUGCUCCCCAUACUCUUCCUCCUCGUUGUCUAUUUCAUGGCGGGCCUCAGACUGGACGCAGGAUGCUUCUUCCUCAGUUUGCUUACAGUCUUCCUUUGCAUAGUAGCUGCUCAGGGUCUUGGGCUUGCUAUCGGGGCUACACUGAUGGACCUAAAGCGGGCCACCACGUUGGCUUCGGUGACAGUCAUGACCUUCAUGCUUGCUGGCGGGUACUUUGUUGAGAAAGUCCCGGUAUUUGUGUCCUGGAUCCGGUACAUGUCGUUCAACUACCACACCUACAAGCUCCUCCUGAAGGUGCAGUACCAGCAUUUCACACACUCCAUCAACGGGAUUGUACUAGACAGCGGGGCGAAGGAAGUGAGCGCCCUUGUCAUUAUGGUUUUCGGAUACCGAUUCCUUGCUUACAUCUCCCUCCGAAGGAUGAAACUUCAGUCCGGUUAAACAAGCUAGGGGAUGUUGUACGUCAAGCGCACCGAGAAGGGAACAAUAUUGGAGGUGAUUGAGGUUACUUCAGGGGGCAAUUAAUGGAACUAGGAAACAAGACUGAACAUCGACUUGCAACGGGUUGCAGCAAACACGGUGCAGCCUGCGGAGAUCUGAUAUAGUGCAGAGUAGCUUUCUUAGUGUUACGCGACGAGACAUUAAGAUGCAAUCGAGUUUACGGCACAGUCACGAGAAUUUCUUGACUGAAUCGGUCCUAGAGCUAUAUUGUGAUGUGAUUGCUUGUUUUGAGAUUUUUAAGUGGAAAAAACCAAACAUACAGUGAAACACUUCCUGAUAAAAUGAUUUAUGGCUUAUGCUAUGCAAUGAAUGACAAUGGAAUGUCAGCAUCGUUCUGAGAA